AACCCAGACAACCACAAAAAAAAAAAAAAAUGGCGGCGUCGACAACAGUCCUGAGAAAGUCAUGUUCUUUCCCAAACAUCCUCGUAACAUGUCUGAAUCUCACUCUCCUCUUCCUCUCCCUCUUCUCUGUCCCACCCAUCGUUCUUCUCAGAAACCCUCCGCGCCCGCUCGGUCUCGCCAUCCUCGCCAUCGCUCUAAUCUCUUUCCUCUCUUCUCUCGCCGGUCUCAUUCCGUGCAUUUCCCACUCGUUCUUCGUCUAUCGUCUGACCCUUCUCUCGUCACUGCUGGUGGGUCAGUUUCUGACCGUCGUAGCGUUGUUCACUAGAGAAAGGCAGUGCCUUUCCGCGCUGAAAUCGAUUCGGGACCCGAGAGAGGCGAAAGCGUUGGUGAGAUUUGAAUGCGUGGUUUUCAUGGCGAUGGUUCUGGUUCAGAUCAUGGUUCUGGUGACGAGUUGGGUGUUGCAUUGUAUCUGGGUGAGGGAAUUCAAAGGGUUCGAGGCCGAAAAAUCCGCGUCUAUGGCUCGGAAAUACAGCGGACGGGUUGCUACGGUCGAAGAAGGGUUCGUACCGGAGGGUAUGGAUCUCGAAGACAAGAAGACGGGCAAACACGUGAAGUGGGUGAAAACGGAUUUUGAAGGUUAACAAGUAUUUAGAGAUUGAUAUCGGGAUAUAUGCGACAACGAUUCAUAUAUGCAAAUACAUUGCUGUAUCUCUACUGUGUAUGUGUAUAUAUGUUUGUAUAUGUAUAUGUUUUUGUUUGUUCAAUGAAUUUGUUGGGUCACUGAAAUGGUGGCUAUUCGUUUGA